AAAUCGACGACUGUACAGUAAGCUGUCAAGAGCUUGUUGCUCAAAGCUGUGUCAUGUCACAAAGUAAUGGCCGUUGGAAAAUGACGUCCCCUUAGUUGUACGAGACACUUUAGCUCCCGUUUCGCUCAACAUCAACUGGUUGUCGAGCGUUAGUUUCGGCCUCACGGUUGGGUUUUAUGUGCGGUGUCCGAGUUGUGGCGCGGUGUAAUCGGCGCCGUAUGUCCCCCCUCCCUUGCUCCUGCUCCACCAACACCGCGGGCAGCGGUUCUUCCGCGGCGAUGAGCUCGCCAGUAUAAGUGCCUCGAAGAAUUCCUCAUCUUGAACUUUGAGGAAAGCUUGUUUUUCCUUUGACUCCAGAAACAGCAUCUGAGGGCUCCUACUUUGCACAUCAUCAAAAUAGGAUCAUGGUCUAAAGAAGGAACUGGUCUUGCAUAGUUUCCAAAGAAAAGCCAAUGAGUGGUGGUGUUCAACGGACGUGUGAUCUCCGAGCUCAUGGAGGACUUAUCCUCUUGUUUUAGGAAACGACUGUGAUCGGCCUUCUGCUUUCAGCACCGUGAUUGUCUUAUAAUAAGAACUGUUUAUGAUCAAAAACCUUUGGACAUGGCGUCGGGGAGAGACACAAAAUGGCUGACCCUGGAAGUGUGUCGGCAGUUUCAGCGAGGAAACUGUUCACGCAGUGACGAGGAAUGCAAAUUUGCUCAUCCGCCAAAGAGCUGCCAAGUGGAAAAUGGGAGGGUCAUCGCCUGCUUUGACUCGCUAAAAGGCAGAUGCUCGAGAGAGAACUGCAAGUACCUCCAUCCACCCUCACACUUAAAAACUCAGCUGGAAAUAAACGGCCGCAACAAUCUCAUCCAGCAGAAGACAGCAGCUGCAGUGCUCGCACAGCAGAUGCAGAUCAUGAUCCCUACAGCCAGUCUGCAGUCUGUGGGUCUUGGCACUAACUCUGGUCUCGGCUACGGUUCCUACUUGACGCCCCUAAGCCACGGGAUCGGCCUUCUUCCCACAGACAUCCUCCCCAGCAGCCAGGUUCUUGUUUCAGGGAGCCCGCCUGUCACGGUCCAGAGCUCGCCUUCUUCCUCCUCUUCUUCACCCUCCCAAAAGCUCCAGCGCACUGACAAACUGGAGGUAUGUCGUGAGUUCCAGCGAGGCACAUGUGCUCGAGGAGAGACCGAUUGCCGGUUCGCCCACCCUAGCGACAGCCCGAUGAUUGACACCGUUGACAACACUGUCACCGUUUGCAUGGACUACAUCAAGAGCCGCUGCAGCCGCGACAAGUGCAAGUAUUUUCACCCACCUGCGCACUUGCAGGCCAAAAUUAAAUCCGGUCAACAUCAGACAGCCAUGGCGGCCCAGGCCACAGCUGCAGCAGUGACUCAGUCGACUGCCAAAGCAAUGAAGCGACCCCUCGAGGCAACUGUAGACCUGGGCUUCCCGCACAGCAUCCUGCAACCGCUACCAAAGAGGGCAGCCCUGGAGAAGAGCAACUGGGCCAGCUCGCUGCUCAGCCCCAGUUUGUUGCACUACCAGCAGGCUCUGGCCAGCACACAGCUGCAGCAGCCCACGGCCGCCUUCUACCCUGCAGGGAAAGGCUCCUGUUCAGAGAGGGUCGGAGGAAUCCAGGUGCUGGGUCCAGGCAGGCAGGAAACAGGAUCUGAAGCAGGAGAGCCAGGGAAGAGCACAAGUCAGGCAGGCAGGAUGGGAACAGAGUGCAGAACAGGGCACUGGUCUGUUUUGUGCAUGACUCCUGCGAACAGCACAGUCCCCAUGAUGUACAGUGCUACGCCUGCUAGUGUCUCUGCAGCAACUUCUCCCGCCACAAGUGUCCCCUACGCAGCAACAGCAACAGCCAAUCAGAUCAUUCUCAAGUAACCACCAGAACCAGGACUCGGUGCCACAAAGAUCCAGAGCAGCCCAUCUGUACAUACACUGUUGAUUGCAUACGUCACCUGCAGCAAGCCGCAUGCUGAUCAAGCACCACAAGUGGAGUACAUGACCACGUAGAGGUCGGUAUUGCAUCAAGGUCACACUACGAGACCCUACGCACGGACAUACUCUAAAUGCGUUUGCCAGUGUAAAUCAUGUGCGUUGCAUUUUCUUCAUCGAAACAACUGGGGAAAAGGUAACAUAACGGUAGUUAGAACCAUAUGAACAGCAAUGUACUAGAUGAUACUAACAGGAAAUGUUAGCUGAAAUUUAAAUGAUGUAAAUAGUCACGUCCGAAGUGUGUUUAUCAUGGUAGUCCCCGUCGUAAAGGGGUAACAACCAUAUUAGAGAUUGUUCACUUUCUUGUGUGCGUCGUUUCUUUGUCAUGAUUAUUUGACCUUGUGCCAGAUUCAAUUGCUUUAUUAGCAGCUAUUAAAAAGCACUUAUUUUUAAUUAUAUCAAUAUAAAUAUGGCCCUCAGUGUACAGGCUUUUAUCUCCAGUGAGCAGUGCUCCUCCACCUGGUGUGCCUUUGCAUUGCAUUGAAAGUCUGUUUGCCACUGUCGACCUACUCGAAUGUGCUCUCUUAAGGGCACGGAUGAAUUUUCCCCCCAAAAGCUAAUAUUUAAAUGAUGGGUCCAUUUUACAUAACCGUAAAGAGUUUAUUCAGUGUAUAGUCAAACAGAAGUGUAAUCCUGCAAGGACUGAAAUAUUAUUGUAACUGUUAAGUCUUGAAAGUUACAAGUGCCUAAAGAGUUGUCAUAUUUAAGGGGCUUCGAAUGUCAUUGUCCUGUAUUAAAAAAAAAAAAUCUGAUCUAGAAAGUUGUGAACAUGUCUUAAAUGCUUUGUGAAGACUUUUAUGAAUAUUUAUGUACCUUCAUUAUCAUUAAGAAUUAUUCUCUACUCUAUAUUUUAUUUCAUAUUUAAGAUGACUUUGUAGUUCCCAUUUGCCCACACGACAAAGUUUAUUAAGUAGUUGAAUGUGCAGAUUAUUAGAAAAAUUUAACGAAGGAUGUUCAGUUUCGUUUCUGAAGACAAAAUGGAGGACAUUGUGUUAAAUAUGUCGAUUGUUACUUUUAUUCCUCAAUUUUAUAAACUUUUAAAAUGUUCACUUGGGAUGGGCAUUUGAUUGUAUUACGUGGAUCGACCAUUGGGAUGAAUUACCAUUGUUUACCGUUCUCCAUGUCUCUUUCCAUGCCAGUUUCAAAUUGGGCAUAAUAAUGCACCUAGCAGGAACAACUUCUCAAUAUUUCUAAUCACAAAGCUUUUUGUGUGCGGUCAACACUGACACGUGGUUUUCAAUGGUGUGAUGUGAGCAAUUGGCCAUCUUGUGUACACCUCACAAGAUAAGAGCAGUCAGCACACACCAACAGAUUUUGUUCUCGUCAAUUGUUGAGGCUUGCCACAUUUUGAAAAUUGAUUAAGAUUUGGAAACAUAGAUUUUUGUUUUAUUGAUAAAUGUUCCUCCUCCCUGAUCUGUUCAGAAAAUGGUCAGGACUGACUGUCGUAAAUGUUAAACAACCAGUCCACUGUUCAGGAGCGCAAAGCCUUAUGUGUUGGGGUCAACGCCGACAGCUGGUUUGGUACAGGUGACUCACGACGGACUAAGAGCAGGAAGCAAAGGGGGAUGUUUUUCCUCACAUUUUGAGAACACUGGUCAUUGGAAAAUUUCAAUCAGAGAUGACUUGACUUGACUUCAUGUCUCCCCAAAUAUAUUUUUGACACUGAUUUCAAAAUUGGCUUUGCUUUUUUUUCCCCCCUAGUACAUUAGGUUUUUGAGAUUUUCAUUUUGUGUUUUUAAUUGUGACCUGUGAAAGCUUGCGCAGUCUGGAUUUUACUAUGCCUUGUGCUUUUUAGCUUGGAUAGUUCACAAAAUAAAAAAAAAACACACACACACACACCUGAAAACACCUGUUGCUGAACCAAACCCUUAAAUUCAUAAUAAUUAAAAAUAUUUUACAAAAUUACAUAUUAUUAUUUUGUAAACCUGAUAUACUCAAAAAAUAAAAUAUGAUUUGCCUCACAGAGUAAAAGAUUAGGGAAAAAAAUUGUUGACCAGUCUAUUAUGCUGACAGAUUAAAAAUCAGUAUAUGUGUGCCCAGCCCGAGACGGCCCUUCAUUCGGUCUCAAUUGCUUAAAGACACGAUUAAUUCAUCCGUCAAUUUCAUGCAAUUCUUGAUAAUGAGUUACUCAAUCAAUAUGCCCCUCCUAAGUUUUUUUUGCUUUGUUUUUUUUUUUUUUUUUUUUUUUUUUGCUUAGCAUGACUAUGUUUGAUUAAUUCAGACAAUCUAUUAAGUUGUUCUGUUAUUUCCUCUCCAUGAUGUAAUUUCUAUUUAAAAUGUUUUGACUUAUAAGCUCUUAUAUGUAACGUUAACCGAGAACAUGCCAGAACUUAGUCCGGGGUUGUCCGUGAAUGUAACUUCUUAUAAGUUGACUUUCAUUGAGAUUCUUCAAAUAAUAAGAGAGAAAAAAGUAGGAAGGUAUUUCAUUUGCUUUUGACGAGUUGUCAUUUGAUGUUCAGGGUGGAGUUUCGGGAGAAAAAGACCAUAGAAUUGUUGACGUAACAAAGUGCAUUGUGUGUGGUAGAGUAAUAAGCGUUCACCUUUGAACUCAUCACAAACUACGGAUGUCUGUCGUCGCUGUGAUUGUAUACAUUUUAUGACGGUGAAACUAUCCAGUGCAUAAUAACAUUUUUUUUUUUGGUAUGGUGGUGUGCAUUUUAAACAUACUGCAGUAAAUAAUCCACUUGUUAGUGUUUUGAUUGAGAAUUUCUGAUGUGAAGUUUCUUUCAAGCAGUCAAGAUAAGAGAAAAUAUGCUUUUUAAAAAAAAUUGUGAUUAUUGCCUUAUUCAUCAACGGAUACUUUUUUUUGCAUUUAAUUUCACUUUGCUUGUCGAAAUAAAAGAAGACACAACUCUGGGAAAUGAUGUCUGAUCGAGACUGAAAAUGUCACUCAGUCUUCAGAAAUGCUUUAUGAUGAUGAUGAUGAUGUCGUACUGCUAUAAAUGGUUACAUUAAUGAUUUGUUCCAUCAGCGGAUUUAACUUUAAACUUGUCCUCAUUUUCUCAUAUAAUAGUGGCGCUUAUUUUACUGUAUGAUUAUCCAUUUCAUGUGAAUAGUGAUUUCUAAAGUAUAUAAAAUUAUAAUAUUGUCAAUAAACACUGUCCACGUAAAGGCAAUGUUGCCCUGUA